UUCAUUUCAGGUGAUCUUGAUGAAUGGUAUCAGUAGCCAUGCUCUGAAGGAGCUAUGUUCUGAUAAAAGUUCCGAUGACAAGAUACCCCAUCUUAAUAUUAUCCCGAGGUUUGCAAUUAUCAGGAAAGAUUGUUCCUUCAUGGCAAUUGGAGGCCCAUGGAAUGCAACUCAGGAUGGUGGAGAUCCCUUGGUUGAUGAUUCCUCCUUGGUUCAGUCAGCUCUUAGACAUGUGAAAUAUUUAACCCAACUUGAUCUGCGAGAUUCCCAGCACUGGAAUCGGUUUCUUGAGGCAGGAAAUGAUGAAGAGGUAGCUGAUCUGCAAGGCAAGCAUGACAAGGAGACAACUGAUGGCAUAAAAAAAAUGGAGGAACCCACAGAUGAAGUAAAGAGUGAAGAUAAAACAGCUGAGACAAAUGAGCAAUGAUCAAGUGGCUAAGUCAGAGAAGUCUGAUGCUGCCGCAAAGGAGUCAGUUGUUGAUAAAGAACUAUUACAGGCAUUUAGAUUCUUCAACAGGAACC